AUGAUGAUGAUGGUAGCAAAAUAUCAUAGUGAAAAAGAAUCGAAUGAUAAAAAAAUCGACAAUUCCAUUAUUGAUGGGACCAUCAUUUCAAAUAAAUCAUCAUCGACGACUGAUCAACAAUUGUCCAACAAUAACAACAACAAUAAUAAUCGUCUUAAAUAUGGACGUGUUGUUAUUCUGUUGGAAAAUCCAAUAUUACCAAAAGAAAUUAUUUCAAAUACACCAUCGAAAGCUGAUAAUUUAGCUGAUGAAAUUGAAAAUGAUCUUCGUAUUACUGGUUGUAAACUUAUACAAAUUUCUGGAAUUCUUUUACGUUUGCCACAGGUUGCAAUGGCCACUGGUCAGGUUUUAUUUCAACGAUUUUAUUAUUCAAAAUCAUUCGUUCGACAACCAAUGGAAAUAACAGCAAUGGCAUGUGUUGUUUUAGCAUCCAAAGUUGAAGAAGCACCACGUCGUAUACGAGAUGUAAUAAAUGUUUUUCAUAAUAUGAAACAGAUUAGAUUAAAGCAACAAACAAUACCGAUCAUAUUGGAUGAAAAUUAUAUUUAUUUAAAAAAUCAAAUUAUAAAAGCUGAAAGAAGAAUUUUGAAAGAAUUGGGAUUCUGUGUUCAUGUAAAACAUCCACAUAAAUUUAUUGUUGCUGUUGCACAAAUAUUGAAAAAUGAAAAUAAUGUUGAUCUUAUACAAACUGCAUGGAGCUAUAUGAAUGAUAGUUUGCAAACAAAUGUUUUUGUUCGUUAUCCACCCGAAUCGAUUGCAUGUGCUUGUAUACAUUUAAGUUCAAGAAUUUUAAGAGUUCCAUUACCAAGUCAACCAUUAUGGUAUGAAAUGUUUAAUGUUGAUACUGAAAGUAUUGAAGAUAUUUGUAAAUCAAUUCUAAUGUUAUAUACACGAAAACCAAUGGAUCAAGAAGAAUUGGAAGCAAAAGUAGAACAAGCUAGGCAAAAAUUGGAUGCUGAAAAAAUUAAAGCACGGGCUUUAGCCAAUCAACGUAAUAUUAAUCCAUUGCUUACGGAAUCUAUUAGCAACAAUUCACCCGUAUUGAUUGAUUCACGUUCAAAUUCUCCAUCAUCGAUGAUUGGUAGUAAAAACAAAUCAAUACAGGAUGUAAUCAAUGAUAAAAAUCCUGAUAAAAUUAGAUCACAGCCAACAGAAGUAACUGACGAUGAUGGUGAUGAAAAAACAUUUACAAAACGUGCCCGUAUUGAAAAGGAAAAUAUUUCGGAAAUAUCAAAAAAAGAUUCAAUGAUCAAGGAUGGUAAUGAUAAUUAUAAUCAACAACAACGAAAUGAUGAUAAUGUUGGAAGUGAACAUAGUUCAAUUAGUUCAUCAUCAUCAUUUAAAUUGCAAAAAUCACCCAUUAAAUCAUUGAAUAAUGAAGAAGAAAUGUCAAAAUUAUCUGAUUAUGAUCAUGAUCAUUAUAAAUCUUAUCGUUUCAAAAAGAACGGCCAUUCCAAUUUACCACAAGAUGAUUAUUAUGAAACGAAAGAAUAUCGUAACAAUGAUCAUCGAUCACCACCACCACCAUCUUUACCUCGUUCAUAUAUUUCGUCCAAAAUUGUUAGUAGUAAUAGUAGCAGCAGACGUUAUGAUCAUAAAGAUCGUCGUUAUUAUGAUCAAAAUGAUUCUCAUUCACGAUCAAGAUCUCCUAUUUCACCUUCAAAAUCAUAUUGUGAUAAUCAAUAUUCAUCAUCCACAUCAUCUCGUCAUCAAUAUUAUUAUGAAAAUCGUCGAAAAAAUCGUUCAAAUGAUGAUGAUGAUUAUGAUUAUGAUGAUCGUCGAUAUCCAAAUGAAUCGAAGAAAAGUUCUUCAUCAUCUAGCCAUCAUUAUCAUCAGCAUCAAAGACGCCAUAAUUAUCGUACUGAAAGUCCUGAACAAUCAUAUUCAUCAUCAUCACGUUAUUAUCAUAAAUCAUCGUAUAGUGGAAAAUAUUAAAUGUUUUGUUGUAAAUAAAUUGCAUAAAAUUCAAGAUCGACACUUAUUUUUUAAUUAAUAAAA